CAUCUUCUCCAUCUCCGACAACGCCUACCAGUACAUGCUGACAGACCGUGAGAACCAAUCCAUCCUCAUCACCGGCGAAUCGGGGGCGGGGAAAACGGUGAACACCAAACGUGUCAUCCAAUACUUCGCCAGCAUCGCCGCCAUUGGCGACCGCAAGAAGGAGGCGGCCAAUAGCAGCAAGGGCACCCUGGAGGAUCAAAUCAUCCAGGCCAACCCCGCGCUCGAGGCCUUCGGCAACGCCAAGACCGUGCGCAACGACAACUCCUCGCGAUUCGGGAAAUUCAUCCGGAUCCACUUCGGGGCCACCGGGAAGUUGGCGUCGGCUGACAUCGAGACCUACCUCCUGGAGAAGUCCCGUGUCAUCUUCCAGCUGAAGGCGGAGCGGAAUUACCACAUCUUCUACCAGAUCCUCUCCAACAAGAAGCCAGAGCUGCUGGAGAUGCUGCUGGUCACCUCCAACCCCUACGACUACGGUUACGUGUCCCAGGGCGAGGUGACCGUGGCUUCCAUCGACGACGCCGAGGAGCUGUUGGCAACCGACAGCGCCUUUGACGUCCUGGGCUUCACGGCUGAGGAGAAGGCUGGUGUCUACAAGCUGACAGGUGCCAUCAUGCACUUUGGCAACAUGAAGUUCAAGCAGAAGCAGCGGGAGGAGCAGGCGGAGCCAGACGGCACCGAAGAUGCCGACAAGUCCGCCUACCUGAUGGGGCUGAACUCGGCCGACCUGCUCAAGGGCUUGUGUCACCCACGUGUCAAGGUGGGCAACGAGUACGUCACCAAGGGGCAGAGCGUCCAGCAGGUCUACUAUUCCAUCGGGGCCUUGGCCAAGGCUGUCUAUGAGAAGAUGUUCAACUGGAUGGUGGUGAGGAUCAACAACUCGCUGGACACCAAGCAGCCGCGGCAGUACUUCAUCGGCGUCCUGGACAUCGCUGGCUUUGAGAUCUUUGAUUUCAACAGCUUCGAGCAGCUCUGCAUCAACUUCACCAACGAGAAGCUGCAGCAGUUCUUCAACCACCACAUGUUCGUGCUGGAGCAGGAGGAGUACAAGAAGGAGGGCAUCGAGUGGGAGUUCAUCGACUUUGGCAUGGACCUGCAGGCCUGCAUCGACCUCAUCGAGAAGCCCAUGGGGAUCAUGUCCAUCCUGGAGGAGGAGUGCAUGUUCCCCAAGGCCUCGGAUAUGACCUUCAAGUCCAAACUCUACGACAACCACCUGGGCAAGUCGGCCAACUUCGGGAAGCCACGAAACGUCAAGGGCAAGUCCGAGGCCCACUUCUCGCUCACCCACUACGCCGGCACCGUGGACUACAACAUCCUGGGCUGGCUGGAGAAGAACAAGGACCCCCUCAACGAGACGGUGGUGGGGCUCUACCAGAAAUCUGCCCUCAAGCUCUUGGCCCAUCUCUUCUCCAACUAUGCCGGGGCAGACUCUGGUGGCGGGAAGGGGAAAGGAGCCAAGAAGAAAGGUUCCUCCUUCCAGACGGUCUCAGCCCUGCACCGGGAGAAUCUCAACAAGCUGAUGGCCAACCUCAAGACCACCCACCCCCACUUCGUCCGCUGCCUUGUCCCGAACGAGCGGAAGGAGCCGGGUGUGAUGGACAACGCCCUGGUCAUGCACCAGCUCCGCUGCAACGGGGUCCUGGAGGGAAUCCGCAUCUGCCGCAAGGGCUUCCCCAACCGCAUCCUCUACGGGGACUUCCGCCAGCGGUACCGCAUCCUGAACCCUGCGGCCAUCCCCGAGGGGCAGUUCAUCGACAGCCGUAAGGGCGCCGAGAAGCUCCUGGGCUCCAUCGACAUCGACCACAACCAGUACAAGUUUGGGCACACCAAGGUGUUCUUCAAGGCAGGGCUCCUGGGCCAGCUGGAGGAAAUGCGGGACGAGCGCUUGUCCCGCAUCAUCACGCGCAUCCAGGCGCGGGCGCGGGGGCAGCUCAUGCGCAUCGAGUUCAAGAAGAUCGUGGAGCGCCGGGACGCGCUGCUGGUGAUCCAGUGGAACCUCCGGGCCUUCAUGGGGGUGAAGAACUGGCCGUGGAUGAAGCUCUACUUCAAGAUCAAACCCUUGCUGAAGAGCGCGGAGACAGAGAAGGAGAUGCAGAACAUGAAGGAGGAGUACGGGCGGCUGAAGGACGCCCUGGAGAAGUCGGAAUCACGGCGGAAAGAGCUGGAGGAGAAGAUGGUCUCCAUGCUGCAGGAGAAGAACGACCUCCAGCUCCAAGUGCAGGCUGAGCAGGACAACCUGAACGACGCCGAGGAGCGCUGUGACCAGCUGAUCAAGAACAAGAUCCAGCUGGAGGCCAAGGUGAAGGAGCUAACAGAACGGCUGGAGGAUGAGGAGGAGAUGAACGCCGAGCUGACAGCCAAGAAGAGGAAGCUGGAGGAUGAGUGCUCGGAGCUGAAGAAGGACAUUGAUGACCUGGAGCUGACCCUGGCCAAGGUGGAGAAGGAGAAACAUGCAACUGAGAACAAGGUCAAAAACUUGACGGAGGAGAUGGCGGGGCUGGACGAGACCAUCGCCAAGCUGACCAAGGAGAAGAAGGCUCUGCAGGAGUCCCACCAGCAGACGCUGGAUGACCUGCAGGCUGAGGAAGACAAGGUCAACACCUUGACUAAGGGCAAAGUCAAGCUGGAACAGCAAGUGGAUGAUCUUGAAGGCUCCCUGGAGCAGGAGAAGAAGAUCCGGAUGGACCUGGAACGGGCCAAGAGAAAACUGGAAGGUGACCUGAAGCUGACCCAGGAGAACAUAAUGGAUCUGGAGAAUGACAAGCAGCAGCUGGAGGAGAAGCUCAAGAAGAAGGAGUUUGAGAUCCACCAGCAGAACAGCAGGAUCGAGGACGAGCAGGCGCUGGCUCUGCAGCUCCAGAAGAAGCUGAAGGAGCUACAGGCGCGGAUCGAGGAGCUGGAGGAGGAGCUGGAGGCGGAGCGGACGGGCCGGGCCAAGGUGGAGAAGCAGCGCUCGGAGCUGUCGCGGGAGCUGGAGGAGCUCAGCGAGCGGCUGGAGGAGGCCGGCGGUGCCACCUCAGCGCAGCUGGAGCUCAACAAGAAGCGGGAGGCGGAAUUCCAGAAGCUGCGGCGGGACCUGGAGGAGGCCACGCUGCAGCACGAGGCCACGGCGGCUGCGCUGAGGAAGAAACACGCCGACAGCGUGGCCGAGCUGGGCGAGCAGCUGGACAACCUCCAGCGCGUCAAGCAGAAGCUGGAGAAGGAGAAGAGCGAGCUCAAGCUGGAGCUGGAUGACCUCAGCGCCAACGUGGAGCAGCUGAUCAAAUCUAAGGUAGGAAGAGAUUGAGAUGGGCAGCAGGGAAUCAUGGGAUGUUGGGUUGAGUGUACACCUUGUUGGGUUGAGGCAGGUGAGCUGUCGCGGCAGCUGGAGGAGAAGGAGGCGCUGGUGUCCCAGCUGACCCGUGGGAAGGUGUCCUACACCCAGCAGCUGGAGGACCUGCGGAGGCAGCUGGAGGAGGAGAUGAAGGCCAAGAACGCGCUGGCACACGCGCUGCAGUCGGCCCGGCACGAUGGGGACCUGCUGCGGGAGCAGUACGAGGAGGAGACCGAGGCCAAGGCCGAGCUCCAGCGCUCGCUCUCCAAGGCAAACUCCGAGGUGGCCCAGUGGAGGACCAAGUAUGAGACGGAUGCCAUCCAACGCACCGAGGAGCUGGAGGAGGCCAAGAAGAAGCUGGCGCAGCGGCUGCAGGAGGCCGAGGAGGCCGUGGAGGCCGUCAACGCCAAAUGCUCCUCUCUGGAGAAGACCAAGCACCGGCUGCAGAACGAGAUCGAGGACCUGAUGGCCGAUGUGGAGCGGUCGAACGCGGCUGCUGCUGCCCUGGACAAGAAGCAGAGGAACUUUGACAAGGUGUUGGCCGAGUGGAAGCAGAAGUAUGAGGAGUCGCAGACGGAGCUGGAGGCAUCACAGAAGGAGGCCAGGGCCCUCAGCACUGACCUCUUCAAGCUGAGGAACAUCUACGAGGAGUCCCUCGAGCACCUGGAGACCUUCAAGAGGGAGAACAAGAAUCUCCAAGAGGAGAUCUCGGACCUCACGGAGCAGCUCGGCGCUGGCAAUAAAUCCAUCCACGAGCUGGAGAAGGUCCGGAAACAGCUGGAUGCCGAGAAGCUGGAGCUCCAAGCUGCUCUGGAAGAGGCUGAGGCCUCCCUGGAGCAUGAGGAGGGGAAGAUCCUGAGGGCGCAGCUGGAGUUCAACCAGGUGAAGGCGGAGUACGAGCGGAAGCUGGGGGAGAAGGAGGAGGAGAUGGAGCAGGUGAAGCGAAACCACCUGCGUGUGGUGGAGUCGCUCCAGACCUCGCUGGACGCCGAGACCCGGAGCCGCAACGAGGCCCUGAGGUUGAAGAAGAAGAUGGAGGGAGACCUCAACGAGAUGGAGAUCCAGCUCAGCCACGCCAACCGCGGCGCCAACGAGGCCCAGAAGCAGGUCAAGGCUCUGCAGGGCUACCUGAAGGACACACAGCUGCAGCUGGAUGAUGCGGCAAGGGUCGGGGAGGACCUGAAGGAGAACGUGGCCAUGGUGGAGCGCAGGAACACCCUGCUGCAGUCAGAGCUGGAGGAGCUCCGGGGCCUGGUGGAACAGACCGAGAGGGCCCGGAAACUGGCUGAGCAGGAGCUGAUCGAGGCCAGCGAGAGGGUCCAGCUUCUCCACUCACAGAACACCAGCCUCAUCAACCAGAAGAAGAAGAUGGAGGCUGACAUCUCCCAGCUGCAGACAGAGGUGGAAGAGGCCGUCCAGGAGUGCCGGAAUGCCGAGGAGAAGGCCAAGAAGGCCAUCACUGACGCAGCCAUGAUGGCAGAGGAGCUGAAGAAGGAGCAGGACACGAGCGCGCACCUGGAGCGGAUGAAGAAGAACAUGGAGCAGACCAUCAAGGACCUGCAGCUGCGGCUGGACGAGGCCGAGCAGCUGGCGCUCAAGGGCGGCAAGAAGCAGCUGCAGAAGCUGGAGGGGCGCGUGCGGGAGCUGGAGAACGAGCUGGAGGCCGAGCAGAAGCGCAACGCCGAGAGCGUCAAGGGGCUGCGCAAGUCCGAGCGGCGCGUCAAGGAGCUCAGCUACCAGACAGAGGAGGACAAGAAGAACCUGCUGAGGCUGCAGGACCUGGUGGACAAGCUGCAGAUGAAAGUCAAGGCCUACAAGAGACAGGCGGAGGAGGCGGAGGAACAGGCCAACACCAACCUGGCCAAGUUCCGGAAGGCGCAGCACGAGCUGGACGAGGCCGAGGAACGCGCGGACAUCGCCGAGUCCCAGGUCAACAAACUGCGGGCCAAGAGCCGCGACAUCGGAGCCAAGAAGCUGCACGACGAGGAGUGACCCAUCCCUCUGAAGGACCUGCCAUGAGUGACCCACCACCAUGAGUGACUCCACUGCCACCACGAGGGACACACCACCAUGAAGGUCCCAUCAUGACAAUGACUGACCAACCACGAUGAUGAGGGACCCACCAUCGCCAUGAGGGGUCCAUCACCCCACGUUGAGGGACAGACCGCCACAGUGGACUCCCCACCGUGAUAAGAGACGUGUGACCACCAUGAUGAGUGACCUGCCCCUGUGAUGAGGGACCUGCCACCACCGUGAGGGACCCACCUUGAUGACACCAUGAAGGACCCCCCACACCACAACAGGGGACCCCCCCACCAUGAUACAAGUCACUCACCACCUCCGAGAUGAACCCACAAUGAUGAUGAGAUGGACCCACCACCACCAUGAUGGACCCAUGAUGAUGAUGAUGGACCCCUCCACCAUGAGUGACUCCAAACCCCACAGUGGACCCUCUCCCCACCAGUGACACCCCCUACCCCCUGUCCAAGACGAGGGGACCCCAAUGCCAUAAUUAAUUAAUUAAUGAGCCAUAGAAGGGACACAAUGUCCCCUCGGCCACCCUGCCCCACCCCACGCCAAAAACACGACCCUGAGCAGCACCA